UUCUCACUUCUCCGGUUCUGUGACAGAAGCCGAAGAUCAGAUGGCCGCCAAUCCGACGAGAGCGACCGGCCAGCCGGGCAAGAUGAAGAAGGAUGAGUCGCUGCUGGGAAAACUGGGAGGAACGUUAUCUCGCAAAAAGAAGCUGAAAGAAGUGAGUGACCUUCAGGAAGAGGGCAAGAACGCCAUCAACGCCCCCCUCCUAACCGGCGGCCCGGAGCUGCUCCCCGAGGACACCCUGCUUGAGGAAAAUGCAGAGAGGACCAUUCUAGACCCUACAUCCAGAGAAGACCUCAAUUUCAAAGACCUGCAGAAGGUUCUCAUUGACUGGAUCAACAGUGAACUGGAGGAGGACCGAAUCAUCGUAAAAGACCUUGAAGAAGAUCUGUAUGAUGGACAGGUGCUGCAGAAACUUUUUGAGAAGCUGUCGGGUAAUAAGCUGAAUGUGGCGGAGGUGACGCAGUCAGAGAUCGGGCAGAAGCAGAAACUGCAGACGGUUCUGGAAGCUGUUAAUGGCGUCCUCAGACCGCUGGAGUGGAACACGGAGUGGAGUGUCGACUCCAUCCACUCUAAGAGCCUGGUGUCCAUCGUGUACCUGUUGCUGGCGCUCGCCAUGUACUAUGCAGCUCCCAUCCGCUUACCUGAGCAUGUGUCCGUCCAGGUGAUCGUGGUCAAGAAAAAAGAGGGAAUCCUGCAGACUGCUCAUGUGACCAAACAACUCACAAGUACCACAACAGAAAUGAUGAUCGGAAAGUCAGAACGUGAUGCUUUCGACACCUUGUUGGAUCACGCACCUGACAAACUGAACGUAGUGAAAACUUCGCUGAUCACAUUUGUGAAUAAACACUUGAACAAACUGAACCUGGAGGUGACGGAGCUGGAAUCACAGUUUGCAGAUGGUGUCUAUCUGGUGUUGCUGAUGGGACUGUUGGAAAAUUACUUUGUGCCACUGUACAACUUCUACCUCACGCCAGAAAGCUUCGAACAGAAGGUGCAUAAUGUCGCAUUUGCUUUUGAGCUCAUGCAGGAUGGUGGAUUACAGAAACCCAAAGCUCGACCAGAAGAUGUGGUGAACUUGAAUCUGAAGUCGACUCUCAGGGUGCUAUACAACCUUUUCACCAACUACAAAAACUCAGAGUAACACUUGAAGAGAUCCGAGGAAGCUUGCGUCGUGCCUCACUGAUGACAUGCACACACAUCCCUUGUCUCUUUUGUAUGCUAGAAUGAAAUAUUUUGUAUAAUUUAGUUAAUUUAUGCCCAGAAUCGAAUGUAUUCAGCCUUAAUGAUCCGUCAGUGUAGCAGCUCAUUAAAAUAUUUUAUUUUGACUCACGUAAUCGAGGCCUGUCACUGCUUUAAGCACUACACACGAAACGACUGUUUGUCCUGGAAUGAUUCAUAAACCUGCACUGUGUAUUUUAUUUUAGUAGAAAUGCUGUAAUUAUUUCAAAUAAACAAGUGCUUUCUA